ACGGUGCGAGGCCGUUCCUCCAGGCUAGGAGGCGCUUGUCUGUUCGCAGACGGAAGUGGAGCCCUGCGCCCGCCCUGAAUCGGAAGUGGCGGUUGCUAGGAGACCGGUGGGACGCCCGCCGCUGGGACGGAGGUGUUGGCACGCGCGAUCGCCGCCAUGCCAGCGAAACGCCAUUCGAAGGCCUCGGUGGCGGGGCAGGACGGGCUCCUGCUGCUGCAGAGCCAAGCGCUGGCCCAGGAGGAGGAGGCCAAGGCCAAGCGGGAGCUGCUCACCCGCUUCCUGAAGGACAAGUUGGCCAAGGAGCAGCACAGCAGCACCCUGAACCUCCACAAGCUCAACGUGCAGUGGCAGGCAAUUCUGCGGGAGGCCAAGGCCAAGGAGCUGCGCCAGGAUGUCGAGAUCCUCAGCCAGACCUUCGCGCGAGUGAUGGACUGCAAGGACAGUGCCAUCGAGUCCCUGGUCACAGACCUGGAGGAGGCGGAGGAGCAGCACGCCCGGGCCCUGCGCAGCCACCUGCACAACGUCGACCGCCUGCUGCAGCUCCAGAGCUGCCGCCUGGCCUGCCUGGAGGAGGGGUACAGCGCCCAGCUGAGCGCCCUGCAGAGCGAGUUUGAGGCUGAGCGCACGGCCAUCCUCGAGCAGCACAAGCGAGAGAGCUGCUACCUGCGGGACUUGGCGCUGACCAUGGAGCAGAAUUACAGCGAGAGCGACCACGAGGCCACGCUGAAUUUCCAGAGCGCCCGGGAUGACAUCAAGAAUAAGAGCCUGCAGGAGAAGCAGUACUGCCGCCUGCAGCUGAACGGGAAGACAGCAGAGCUCUGGGAGCAGUUCCGACAGGCCAUGCAGAGCUUCACAGAGGCCACCGAGCACCAGAAGAUCGCUUUUGAGGUGCUGAAGGAGAAGGACCAGAAGAGCUCCAGGGAGAUCGAGAUGCAGGAGAAGAAGCUGCAAAAGCUCCAGGACUUGGUAGCAGCCACCAAGGGCCAGAUCGUAGUGCACCUCCGGGAGAACGAGGAGCAGAACGAGCACCUGCGGAUGGAGAAGGAACGAGCCCUCCGCCAACUCCAGGAGCUCAAGGGCAAGCUGAACCAGGCCAGGGCUAAGGCCCACAGCAACCUGGCCAGGCUCACCGUGCAGAGCAGCGCAGCCCUGAGCACCCUGCAGCAGGUGGUGGAGAAGGGCCAGCGCAUCCUGCGACUGGCUGAGAUGUGCCGCAAGCUGGAGACAGAGGAGGAGAAGGUGCUGCCCUUCUACCCCUCCUCGCUGGCGGAGGGGGAGCAGCAAGACGCCCAGCGAGUCUUCGAGGAGACACCCACGGAGCCCCUGGCCCAGGCCAUGCGGGAUUACGUGGGGCUGGAGCGGUUCUGGCAGCGCUUCAACAAGGUGAAGCUGGAGGAGAAAGCGCUGGAGCAGGAGCGGGCGACCCUGAGGCAGAGGAACCGGCAGCUGCGGGCGCUGCUGCGGCAGUACAUGGAGGGGAUCUCCAUCAGCCAGGGGGUGCUUGUGGAGCCCAACCCGCCCCUUGGAGCCCAAAACAAGAGCUGUGGCCCCAGGGACUCGCCCUGCGCCCACGGGGACCUUGCGCAGGGUCACCAGGGUGCCACACGCCCCAACAGCCUUGACCCCGUCCCCAGCUCCAGCGGCAGAGAAUCCCCCGUCACGUCCCCUGCUCAGCGUGGCGCCUGGGGACACCACAGAGACCGUGACUGCCCAGAGGUGCCAUAAAAGAGCCAAACCGUGCCCAAAAA